AUCCUCCUACCCAGUAUGCCUGUGCCUGGCCUGGCGUGCGUUUGCUUGCUUGCAGUUUUAUACCAAUCGUUUUAAUAGAAUAGAGAUUCGUUCGUUCGUAUAUUCUUUUGCACCACCCUCUUCCUCUUGUUGCCCCAGUGUGUGCCAUAAUAUGUUGUGUAUUUAUUUAAACUAAAGAUAAUCAAAUUUAUAUUGUGCCAGCGCGAAAUAAAAAAAAAUAAGAAUUAAACAAAAACAUGCCAAACUCAGACAAUCGCGGCUGCUGAAGAAGUCAACGAAUAAAAUAACAACAAAAACAACAACGGAGGCCCAACACAACGUCCGCCCCGAUCAUCGUCGUCCCUAAUUUUUGUGUAAACUCAACCAAAACGAACGGGAGGUGAAUCCUCAUAAAAUAAAUUAUAAAACAACCACAAAGAAGAGCAACAAAUAGUUACAGCAAACUAUUAAUUAUAUAUAGUUACAUAUAUAUAUAUAUAUAUAUAAAUAUACAUAAUCCCAAAAAAACUAAAACUAAAAGCAAGCAACGACAUGAAGUACAGCACUGGUAUAGACAACGCUCUGCCCUCCAGUGGCAGCAGCAGCAACAGUAGCCUCAGCGCCAGCUCCUCUAAUUAUCCAUUAAACGAAAUGCAUACAUCACAUAAAAAGGAGCCAACAAUAGCAACAGUAACAGCAACAACGACAAGUGCCGCAUCAACAGCAGUCAUGACCUCAAUGGUAGCGGCCACUAAAUUACCCACUAAUGAUCCUACAUCUACAACAUCUAAUUCCUCCAAUCUUCAAUCACAACCGACAAAUGCUCUGUUUUGCGAGCAAGUGACCACAGUGACCAAUCUCUUUGAGAAGUGGAACGAUUGCGAACGCACAGUUGUCAUGUGCGCCCUGCUCAAGCGUCUGAGAUAUCCCAGUCUCAAGUUUCUCCAGUAUUCCAUUGAUAAUAAUUUGACACAGAAUCUGGGUACCUCGCAGACAAAUCUAAGCAGUGUGGUCAUUGACAUCAAUGCGAAUAAUCCGGCAUAUUUGCAGAAUCUAUUGAAUGCUUAUAAAACAUUUCAGCCAUGCGAUGUCCUGGAUGUAAUGUCGUCGUCUUCAUCGGACAAAGAUUCGAUGCCAUGCUAUGGCAGUGAUUUCCAGAUAACUACAACAGCGCAAUGUGACGAGCGGAAAUUGUAUGCCCGCAAAGAGGAUAUAUUGCAUGAGGUUCUGAAUAUGCUGCCAUUGCUCAAGCCAGGCAAUGAUGAGGCGAAACUCAGUUAUCUGACCCUAAUCCCGGUGGCUGUCAAGGACACCAUGCAACAGAUUGUGCCCACCGAAUUGGUUCAACAGAUAUUCUCUUACCUACUCAUUCAUCCGGCCAUUAGCAGCGAAGAUCGACGCUCGCUAAAUGUUUGGCUGCGCCAUUUGGAGGAUCAUAUUCAGGCAGCUGCGGCUGGCAUUACGAAUUGUAGUUACUUUCUACAGCCAUCGCCAGCGCCGCAGGUUGUGCAGAGGGGAAGCUCCUCGGCAGCAAGUCUUUUGUCGGCAGCCUCAUGCUCAUCAUUGGCCUCCUCUUCGCAUGGAAAUGGCAGGAGCAGUGACUGGCAGACAAUAGCCCCGCCAACUAAACUCCAACAACAGCAGCAGCAGCAACAACAACACAAACUCACGUCCGGCGGCGAUUGGCGGGGCUCAAACUCCAACGGAUCGAUCAAUCCACUCUGUGAUAAUUUAAAUGGUAUUACCCUGAACGAAUUAGGUUCUAGUCAGAAUAGCUUAGGCUUGUCACUGGAAAGUAGCUCCUCGCUGGUCAAUGGCGUUGUGGCAGGAGCAGCGGCCGGCUCCAUAUUAGGUCUGAGUGGAAGCGAUGACCAUGACACAUCAUUCAGUAAGAAUGGCACGGAAAUCCUCGACUUUGAACCACUAAAUGAAGUUGGCAGCAGCAGCAGCAAUGUCAGCGGUGCCGGCGGCGGCGGCGUUACCAACACCAAUACGAGCCAUCUGUGUCCGCCCCAGCAACAGCAGCAGCAGGUCAGUGGGGAUAUAGUCGACAUAGACAUACUCAUCGAUCAUUUGCAGGCAGCUGCUGUGGCGGCUGCUGCUGUGCCCGCGCUUUCUUCUACACAGCUUUUGCAGCCACCGCCUUCAAAUUCAGCUAGCCACAAUCCCCACCCACAUCCCCAUUAUGCAUCCAUACUGAUGGGUCAUGCGGGUGGUGGUGCUGGCUCUGGGGAUCAGUUUGGUGACGUCAACCGCUGGAGCUUGGAUAGCAAAAUCGCAGCUCUAAAGACGCGUCGGUCGAAUAGCUUGACCACCCAGACCAUAUCCAGCUGCUCAUCAUCAUCGAAUUCCUCGGUGAUCACUGUGAAUGACAAUUGCUCCAAUUCCACCGAAAAUCUGGCUCAGUUUGCCAACAAGCCAAGAAGUUUCUCCCUCUCCAUUGAGCAUCAGCGCGGAGCUUUGGCCAAUAGUGGCUCCGAUACACGUCUGGAUGAGUUCAAGCCGAGCUACAUCAAAUUCCAGACUCGUAAUGUGGGUAUGUCCGGCAUUGGUCUGUGGCUAAAGUCACUCCGUCUCCACAAAUACAUUGAACUCUUUAAGAACAUGACUUACGAGGAGAUGCUGCAGAUAACCGAGGAUUUUCUACAGAGCGUUGGUGUGACCAAAGGUGCCUCCCACAAGUUGGCCCUAUGCAUUGAGAAACUCAAGGAGCGUGAUCACAUUCUUGGUAAAGUGGAGCAGGAUUUGCAUACAGGACAGAUGAAGCUCAGCACGGCAGUCGAGGAAUUGACCAACAUUGUAUUGACACCGAUGAAACCUUUGGAGGCAAUUGGUCCACCAGAGGAGAACAUUGCGUUGCGUUUCCUAAAGGUUAUUAACUUGGUUAGCAAUGCCUUGCAACAGGAUCCGUACUGUGUCCAGGACGAUGAUACCUUGGGCGUCUUUAUGUGGAUACUUGAUCGCACCAUACACAAUGAAGCAUUCAUGAAUCAGGCCAAUCAGCUGAAGGAACUUAAAUUCAAACUAUCCAAGCUAAAGAUGUCGAUGGUCCCCAAGCUGCAUCAUGUGAAAACCACCGGAGGAGCCACAGGUGGCGGCAAUAUUAAUAAGCCCAGGUGGAAUGGCAAAAGUCGUAAAUGUGACCCAAAGAAUGGCAGCAACGAUCGCAUCAAUCAUCGUAAGAACUCCAAUGAUAUGCUGAAUUUCUCGUUGAGCUGUCUACAGCAGCCGCCGCCUCCUCAUCAGCAGCAACAGCAACAGCAGCAGCAGCAACAGUUUGACUACAAUAACGGCUACGGAGGACCGCCGCAUCAGCCGCAGUACAAAAGCUCUUCUUACCCCAGCUUCCAGCAGCAACAACCGCCUCCACAGGCCAAUAAGCCGCAUCAUCAUGUCCAGCAGAUGCAGCAAAUGAUGCAGCAGCAUAACCAUUUCCCAGCAUUACCCCAACACACACCGCCACAGGCUCAUCGUCGUUCGCUAAACAAUCUCAUUGUGGUGGCUGGUGGUCCUCAGCAGCCUCAACAGCUGAUCUUUAAGCCUGGUCAGGGUGUCCUGACCAAUAAUAGCCCCAAUGACAGCAGCAACUCCCUACUCAUGGACAGAAGUCAUCAACGCAAACCUAGUCUUAAUGGCCUAAGUGGUGGUGGCAGUGGGGGAGGAGGAGGUGGAGUCAGUGCUGAAUCGCAACCAAAGAAGACCAUGGCCGCCGUGGUGAUGGAAAAUUUGGCCAAAUUUGAUCAACAUUUUACAUUAUUUUAAAAAAAUUCGACGCCAAGAUGAAGAAAAACGACGACGACGAUUACAACAAAAGCAACACUAAAAAAAAGAAAAAAUAUAGAUCGUUUAUAUAGUGAAAAACAAAAUUGAUAUAUAAUGAACUCUGCAUCGUGACCAUGAGACUGACUAAGAUUACUUUUCGCAACUUAAAAAAAAAUGGAAAAAACACAAAAAAUUAUUAACAAGAAAUUAACUAAAAUCUUAUUAAAACCGCUAGCAGAAAGAGUAGAUAACUGGAUGGAUAAGAUGUUGUGGGAGGGAAAAUCUAUGUGCGAAUCAAACUUUGCUUGCUGAAAGGAGUGGAAUGGAAGAAGAUGGCAUUAGAACUAGAUGAGAAGAAUAUGUUUAUAUAUAUACACCAACACAUACACAUAAUUUAUUUUAAAUUUAUCGGAACAUAAUUGCUGAAAAAAACAACAACAAAAACACAAGAAAAUUGUAAAACGUAAAACAAAAGAUAAACGUUAAAAACACAAAAGAAAACAAACAAAAAACAAAAAAACUAUAAAUAAUAAAUGAGAACGUUUCAAUGUUUAUGUUGAAGAGAAUCGGAUCUACAUAUUGUAUUUUGUAAAAGAAACAAACGGAAGCCGAAAUCCCAUGUACUAUCAGGCAACCAAUAUAUCGUAUGAUGUAUGCGUAUAUAUAUGUAUUAUAUACGAUUAUUGUCUAUGAUUGUAAAUUGAUUAUAAAUGUUUAAUUUUUCGCGUUAGUCAAUUGUUUUAACAUGUAAAAUGGCAAGCCAAUAGAUUAUGUUGUUUUAUAUAUUAUGCUAAACACAAAUAUAUGUUUUUAUAUAUAUCUGUAUCUUUAUUUCUUGUAUAUAUAGGUAAAGACCAAAUGUAAUAUCGGAUUAAAUUAAUUUCAGGGAACAUCGAAGAUAGAUUACUUUGUAAUGGUGGUUUAAACGAUUUCUAAUAAUUAACAAAAACUAAGACACAGUCAAAGAAAUCAAACCAACCCAGAAAUUUGGUCUAUCCUGUAUAUACACAUUAUAGAGAUGUAUGUAUGUAUAUAAUUAAUUGUUUUCUUUUUUAAAAUGCAAUUUAUAUAUAGGUAUAUAUUUAUAUAUGUAUUUGUUUCAAUUUAUCGACGGGCAAAGCUGAAAAUAUGAGUUGGGAAAAUUGGAAAAACAGCCAAAAAAUAUUCAUAAUAAUUACCAAUUAAGAAGAUUAAAGCAAAUGUUUAGCUUAAUUUAUGAUGAAAAUGAUGAUAUAUAUAUAUAUUAUUAAAUUGUAUAUGAAAUGAUGGAACGAA